AACACGUAAACGGAAGUGGCCCUUUGUUUUGUUCAGUUAGCAACGAGGCUACUCGUCACAUUGCACGUUUCCUCAAGCUUUUUGCCACAGCUUAUAACAAUGAGUAGUGGUUCAAAUCAGAGGACUUUGUUCCAGACAUGGGGUGCCUCUGUUUCCCAAAACAAAGUUGUUCAGCCGAAAAAAAAUGCCAAGAAAGCCGCUGGACGGCUCAAAACAACCCCAAGCAAACCUGCUCAGGUAGUCACUACAAAUACACUUCGUAAUCCACUGUGGACUGCACUAGGCCAGGGGUCCACGUACACAUCAGAAACCCCGGUGAUGACAAAGAACUCCAUACCUGCUUAUGAAGAUGAAGAGGACGACGAUGAUCUGAUGGUGAUCGCUGUUCAUGAAGCUGAAGAGAGCCUGCAACUUGGUAAUGCUAACUUUUUUCAAGACGACAUCCCUGUAGGAACAGAGAGCAGUGCCAUAACUACCACCCAGUCAGGUGGACAGACAUAUCCAGACUUCCCUGGCUUUGACAGCUCCUCAGCUAAGGUAUGGAUCUACCCCACCAACUACCCCAUCAGGGGGUACCAGUUAAAGAUAUCAGAGGCUGCCCUGUUUCAGAACACACUGGUGUGUCUGCCCACUGGUCUGGGAAAGACAUUUAUAGCCUCUGUAGUUAUGUACAACUUCUACCGUUGGUAUCCAUCAGGGAAGAUUGUAUUUAUGGCUCCCACCAAACCCCUGGUUGCACAGCAGAUUGAAGCCUGUUAUAAGGUCAUGGGGAUCCCACAGGCACACAUGGCUGAGUUGACAGGUAGCACAGCAGCAAAGCAGAGACAGGAGUUGUGGAGGUCCAAGCGCGUCUUCUUCCUCACCCCUCAGGUCAUGGUGAACGAUUUGUCUAGAGACACCUGUCCGGCUCAGCAGGUCAAGUGUGUGGUGAUUGAUGAAGCCCAUAAGGCGCUGGGCAACCAUGCCUACUGUCAGGUGAUCAGGCAACUUGUCAGCCAGACUUUGCAGUUCCGCAUCCUGGCUCUCAGUGCCACUCCAGGGGGAGAUACAAAGUCGGUGCAGUCGGUGAUCUCUAAUUUGCUCAUUGCCCAUAUUGAACUGCGUUCAGAAGAAAGCCCAGAUAUCCAGGCCCAUUCUCAUCAGCGCAGCGUGGAGAAAGUGGUGGUUCCUCUGGGAGAGGCCCUUUCUGCUUACCAGGCACGCUACCUGCAGGUGUUGGAGAAGUUCAUGUCUCGCCUGGUCCAGAACCGGGUGAUGGGACACAAGGACCUGAGGACUCUCACCAAAUACCAGCUCAUCCUUGCCAGAGAUCAAUUCCGCAAGAACCCGCCAGCACACAUCAAGGGUCCACAGCAGGGAAUGCUGGAGGGUGACUUUGCCCUUUGCAUCAGCUUGUACCACGGCUAUGAGCUGCUGAUGCAGAUGGGCCUCCGAUCACUUUUCUUUUACAUCCAGGGAAUCAUGGACGGGUCCAGAGAAAUGUCCAGGGCGAGGAAUGAGCUGCAGAGGACUCCCACCUUCAUGGACCUCUACCAUGAGAUGGAAGCAAUGUUUGUGAAGCCAUCUGCUGGUCUAGAUGAGCCAUUCAUUUACAGUCACCCCAAACUGGAGAAGCUGGAGGAGGUGGUGCUGCAGCACUUCAGACUGUGGGCUGAAAGUUCAGCAGACAGUAAUGAAUGUCCAGGUUCAGGCCCUCAGGAUGUAAGUACGCGUGUCAUGAUCUUUUCAUCGUUCCGUGAGAGCGUCCAGGAGAUUGCAGUCAUGUUGAACCGCCGUGCUCCGCUUAUCAGGGUUAUGACCUUUAUGGGUCAAGCCUCAGCUGGGAAGGGGGUGAAAGGCUUCACGCAAAAGGAACAGCUGGAGGUGGUGCACAGGUUCCGACAGGGAGGCUUCAACACGCUGGUGUCAACCUGUGUGGGGGAGGAGGGCCUGGAUAUUGGAGAGGUGGACCUCAUUGUUUGCUUCGAUGCACAGAAGAACCCUAUCCGUCUUGUACAACGAAUGGGCCGUACUGGACGAAAGCGUCGGGGACGAAUUGUCAUCAUUCUGGCUGAGGGACGUGAGGAGAGGACAUACAACCAAAGCCAGAGCAACAAACGCAGUGUGUACAAGUCCAUCACUGGCAACAGAAGUGGUUUCCACAUGUACCCCAACAGUCCACGUAUGCUGCCCAAGGGGGUAAACCCCACUCUGCAUAAGAUGCACAUUACCUGUGGGCAGUUUGACCACUGCGGGAACAGCAGGCGGUCUGCCAGGGGUCGACGGUCCCACUCUACAGGACGGGCCUCACUCAUCCACCCUGAAAACCUGACUCGACAGGGCGGUGCAACAUCGGACGGGUUUCUGAGUAGUACAGAAUAUUCCCUAUGGGCUUCUGCCAUGAGGCUGGAGGAAGAUGAAGCUCAUCCAGCCCUGAAGCAGUCGCGCUUCAUGUCCCUACCUGGUGAUCCACCACCUCAGGAGGAAGCUUCAAAAAAUGGACCACCGACAAGAGAGCUUUCUUUGUGGGAAUGGAGACACUGGCAGCACAGAGCACUUCCAACCCAUGUGGUUGAUCAUUCCCUUCGCUGCCACCACUUCAUUAAAGUGAUGGAACUCAUAGACAGCAUGAGGUUGGAAAGCGAGGGGGAAUGUCAUUACGAACAGGAGCUACUUCCUUACCUCCAAAAAGCUGGUGAUGUUGACCAUGUGAAGAAGGAGCAGAAGAAAAAGAAGGGCACUAAAACUACCAACAACAAACCCAAAAUGUCUCACUUGCCACUGACUCAUCUGGAAUGUAUUGAUAAGGAAAUAGAAAGGGAAAAAACACAAAGAACAAGUUUAGUUUCUUCAUUAGCUGUGACAAAAAGACUUCCAACUGAACAUGAUCAUGAGGUACCUUAUGAUGACUUUACAGAUCACCCGGGACCUGAGGGAAUUUAUGCUCCUGCUUCUAAAAAUGAAGCAGACGUGGAUGAUGACUGUGCUAUUAUUAAGGUCACAGAAGCAGAGCAUACAGUCAGCGAUCCUGUAAAUUCAGACAAAGUUUCGCAGUUAAUUACAAACACUGAUGAAGACAUUGAACUUCAGGCCAUGUUCUACCUUCCUAACUGGGAUUCAGCACCUCCACCCCCCUUUGCUAAACUCUACCCAAGGAAACAUGACAGUCUGAAGGUCAUCCUGGCCAACGUGGCAGAGCUCCUGUCUCGAUCUCCACCAUCACUGAGUGAAGACAUAGAGGCUGACGUGGCUGCCCCGUCGCUUACCCCCUGUCUUCAGCAGUUUCACCAGCCAUUCCAGGUCAGCUUUACCCUGGAUGUAGAUGAUGAUGAAAUGAUGAGUGAUCCUGGCAAAGCAUCAUACAAGCCUCCAGUGGUUGAUCAGGACAGUAAAAUCUAUCAUGAUCGUCCUCAUCCACAGCUGCAGCCUCACAGCACAGCAGCUGACAGUCCGGCAGCUGACAGUCCGACCUGGGAUGAGGUUUUUGAGGAUGAGGAAGUGGCUGAUAAUCAUAACAUGAUCAUCAGGGGAGUCAGAAAGGACACAGAUGAUGAAAUGUACCUCAUGACAGAAUGGGUUGAUGAGCAAGCUGCAGAAAACAAGAACAUAAAAAGUAACGAUGCCAAAAAGAGCGAGGAAAAAGACACAGACAUCACAGGUGGAUGUGUAAAAGAUGACGGGGCCUGUCAGAGCAGCUCUCAAAUGGAUGAGAGCAUCAAUCUGUUUGGGGAUGAUGAAGCCUUCCUACAGAUGACCAUCCCAGAUGUGUCUACUCCUGACGUCACACCCAGGCCAUCCGCUUGUGCAAGAGACAUUUCUAAUAACACAAAAAAGAUGUGUAACACUUCACAAAUGCACACCCCAGCAAACCUAUGUAGCAUUACACACUCACCGGACAGUGCACAUAGAUUAAACACAGUGCAAACAGAUGAUUUAGCACACACCGAUCACGCAACUCCUACUUUGCACUGCAAACUAAUAACUCAAGAAACAAACACCCAUCACCCUCCAAAACAUAGCAGACCCACCACAGCACAAGGUAAACCUGUAACAGACAGUUCAGUGACGGACACUGUAAUGAUAGGUUAUUGUAAAUCUGCUAUGGUGCAGCAAAAUAUUGAGGCAUUUGACAGCUCCCAUGACCACUUCUCUGUCAACUUUGACCUCGGCUAUUCACUGGAAGGCUCUGAGGAUGAAGCAGAAGUAGAAGCUUCUCCCGGCCCAUCCAUGUUGACCUCUCCACAGACGAAACCGGCUGAUUCCACAUUAUCCUUGCAGGCCGUCUCCAAGUCUUCCACUCCUAACACUGUGAAUAUACAGCGACUGCCUUUACACAAGUUAUCUACACCACAAAUGCUGUCAGAGCAAAGGAAGAGAGAAAUGUCCUCUCUUCUGAUUUCACCCUUGAUGUCUGAAGGUGGGGCACUCCCAUCUCCGAUCACAUCGCCUGCAGCCAGGCGGAUGCUCGUGCCAGGUCCAGCCUCGCCUCACACAUCGUCUUUGCUCUCCAGCUUAAAACGCAGAUGUCCAGAAAAUCACACUGCUGAGGCUGAGAGACGGUCAGGUGUGGGAAACAAGUCGCAUCAAGAACCUGAUUUUGAGUGCAGCAGUGACAGUGAAGAUGAAGUUGUGGUUCUUAAAAGAAGAUGUUGGAAAAAGGCCAACCCUUUGUCAUCCCCAGAAGUGUCCAAGAUCUUCAGUGAUACGGGCUCCCCGGUGGUUGUGAAAAGGAAACGUGCAGCUGCACUUAACACUUCUGAUGAAACAGAUGGAAAAGCUUUGUCUGAUGAUGAUUUCCAGAAUGAUUCCGUAUUUGCACGCAAAACCACGGCACAGGGAGCUGAGAGGCAACGUGUUCAGCGAAACAAGCACACCGUAUGUCAAAAAAGGCACCAGUUCCUGGAUGAAGAAGCAGUGGUGUCAGAGGAUGAGGAGGGGGCAGAUGCAUCCUCUGAUGAGGAGGAUGGAGAAGACCAAAAUCAAUCUCUUGAAGGAUUUGUGGUCGACAACAUGCACUUUUCCCAGGGACUGAAUGACUCAGAGAUGCAAGGGAUUUACCUGAAGUCAGUGAGGAGCCCUGCAGUCCAUGGCAAGUUCAAAAUGUCCUACAGAAGCCAUAACAAUGUAGACAUAUUCUCCCAGGUGCCUGAGAUGGAUGAAACCUAUGCAGAGGACAGCUUUGUGGUUGACAAUGAUGUGGAGGAGGUGGAGAGCAGCGAGGAAGAGGUUGAGCUCAUGCCUGUGGAUUCAUUUGUGGAUGGUAGGAGGCAGUAUGCCACCAGACGGCGUGUUUUCCUGCACAAAGCCAGAGCAGGACCUGGUGCUGACACCAGGGCUGAAGCUCCACCAGAGCAGGGAACUAGUGUGAAAACCAAGCACAAUCGAAUCAUACGUGUUAAUGAUUCGAGUGAGGAAGAGACAGAGGAGGCUGGCAAAGAGAAGCAACUCAUAACAGGAGCAGACGAUGCUGUCCCCUUGCAGCCAAAGGUGGUUGUUCAGCAGCAGCAGAAAGCCCCCUCCCCGUUGUCUUUGACCUUGGCAUCCAAGGUCUCACAGCUGAGUAAAGCUGAAAGGAGCUCAGUCACCAAAGAACAACAAAGGGAGAGGUUAGAAAACCAGCAUUUCCUCUCUGAUGAGCUAGACUUUGUGGAGCCACAAUUGCUAUUAUCCUCCAAGAAGCAACCCCAGGCACACUCAGCCACGUCCUCAGUGCCUCAGCCCCAGUCAGUCAGUGAGUCUCCUGCUCCGUCCGGGCCUGUUUGCAUUCUGGUGGACAGUCGCUGCAUCAGUAGUGGAGUGGAGCUGAUAACCAGUCUGCGUCAGCGCCACGCAGUCACCAUACAGGUCUGCUCACGGGACGGCGGCUACUUCAUCGUCAGCAACCGCAUGGCAGUGGAGAGGCACAGCCAGUCAGAUUUGGCUGCGACGCAGAACCGGAAGCGAUUGGCUGAAAGAGUGAACAGCUUGCAGGGACUGUUUGAACGCGUUUGUCUGAUUGUGGAGAAGGACCGAACCAAGCCAGGUCAGUCAGUCUGGACGGACUGGGGCUCAGAGCCCCGACUGCUGCACCCUUCACCUCCACGCAUGUACAUUAAAAACAGAGUCACAGUGGCAAAUGUGGUUGCAUUCACUGGAAAUGCACGGAGCAAAGUGGACGUGAGCCCACGUGUGAACGCCCUCCACCCCUCCUUUUGUAAGCUCUGUCUGACACAGUCCAUAAUGCCGUUAUACUGGCUGACACCGCCAACCCCGUCCGCCUGCAGACGCGACUUGAUCACAUCCACAGGAUAG